GUCAUGACCCGGAUAGAAAAGAAUUUCACGUGUUGCAGCAUGUAAACAUGUCGGACGGCAGCACACCGAAGAGAGCCAAAGUUGAAAUAACCCAGAACCAUGACAAGGUGGACUGGAGGAAGAAGAAGGCCGAACUGCAAGAGGCCAAGAAGCAGAGGAAAGAGGCCAAGCUCAUAAAACAAUUAGAAAAACAGAAACAGUCAGAGACCGAGGCAGCUGAGAAGGAGGAGCCGCUGCCACAAAGCCGUUCAAGUCGAGGUCGCGGGUACACGGUGAGCGUGGCCCUGCCCGGCUCGGUCCUGGACAACGCCCAGUCCACAGAGCUCCGCACCUACCUGGCCGGGCAGAUCGCCAGGGCCUGCGUGGUGUUCUGCAUCGACGAGAUCAUCAUCUUUGAGGAGCAUGGGGAGGAUGUCCAAAGCGUCGAAGGAGACUACAGGGGGGUUGGGAAGAAGGGGAAUGCAUGCAUUCAGCUUGCAAGGAUCCUGCAAUACCUAGAAUGCCCACAGUAUCUGCGGAAAUGUUUCUUUCCGAAGCAUCAAGAUCUACAAUAUGCUGGUCUGCUGAACCCACUGGACAUCCCCCAUCACAUGAGGGUGGACGAGGAGGCGGAGUACCGCGAGGGCAUCAUCCUUGACCGGCCCACCAAGCCAGGCAAAGGCUCUCUGGUCAACUGUGGCAUGUGGAAGGAGGUGCAAAUCGACAAAAAGCUGCAAACAGGGCUCAGAGUUACGGUACACCUCAAUAAGAAGCAGAAAGAAGAGAAAAGGCUGAUUAAGGGCGUGGUUGUCCCCCCUCACGUGCCCCGGACAGAAGGAGGGUUAUACUGGGGCUACAGUGUCCGUCUGGCCUCCUGUCUGAGCGACGUGUUCACACAAGGUCCACAUAAAGAAGGCUAUGAUGUCACGAUAGGCACCUCAGAAAAAGGACGCAACAUUGACCAAAGUACAUUGCCGGCGUUCAAGCAUCUCUUGGUGAUCUUCGGCGGCCUCCAGGGUCUGGAAGCCAGUGUGGACGGCGACCAGAACCUGGACGUCACGGACCCCAGCGUUCUGUUUGACCUUUACCUCAACACAUGCCCGUCUCAAGGCAGCAGGACCAUUCGCACAGAGGAGGCCAUCUUAAUUUCCAUGGCAGGACUCCGGCCGAAGAUCCUGUCGGCGUUCUCCAGUGGCGCCGUGUAGAGCCAACACCGCCGGCUGGAACCAUGGCCAUAUGGGGGACUUAGUCGUAUUUUUUACAUUUAACUUUGUAUCUAAAUUUUCCAUUUCCUAUUUUCUGCUGGGGCUUUCGCUGAAUUUCGUUUGCCCCCUAAUUGCAAUGUUAUAUGGAUAUAUUGUGAAAUUCAUGUUGGUGUAAGCGAUUUUACACAAUAUCCUAUAUUAUUAAUGUUAUAGAAAACAUACAAUGCCAUUUCUGUAAUGAACAAAUACAACAUGGACCGAAAAUAAAAAGUUUUAAAUGCA